AUGGACGACGAUGGCAUGGAUUCGCUCUUCAGCAGCUUCAUGAACGAGGUCUCCAGCAUCAAGACUGCGAAGAUGAAGAAGAUGGAAAGCAACCAGGGCACGCCAGAGGAGAUCAUCGAGCGCAUCUUGGCUCGGCCCUACGACCCCAAGCAGGGCCAAGGCUCCGCGUACCAAAUCCUUCAGGUUGCUCCGGACGCGGAGACUAAUGAGAUCACCAAGCAAUACAGAAGACUCUCCGUGCUGGUGCACCCGGACAAGUGCAAGUUGGAGCGAGCCGCAGAGGCCUUCCAGGUCAUAGUCAAGGCCUACAACGACACCAAAGAUCCCAACUAUCAGGACAAGUACGCAGAUGUCAUCAUCGAGGCAAAGAAGAAAGUGAGGAAGCAGCGGGAGAAGGAGAACGAGGUGCGGGAGAAGAAGGGCGAAGACCCCUUGCCUACCGAUGGCGGAGAGUUCGACCGAGCUGUUUGGGAGGAGUGCGAGAGGAUGACCUCCUCGGCCACGGAGGCGGCGGAGGCGGCGAACUCGGUGGCGGAGGCCAACAAGAAGCGCUACGAGGAGCAGGCCCGUGAGCGCCGGGAGCGGAAGAAGGCGGAGCACAAGGAGCUGCGCGAGUGGGAGCGCAACAAGGACAAGCGUGCCGCCGGGUGGCAGGUCUUCAUGCAAAACGUGCAGGCCAAGAAGUUCAAGGCAGGCCACACCGUUGGCAAGAUUGGGGCGGCAGACCAGUACCACAAGCGCGAGGAGCGCAAGGAUACGGACAAGAAGGCGGAGGUGGACCUCGAGGACAAGAAGGUGGUGCGAUCCGACAUGCAGGCCGCCUUCGUGGACAUGUCGGGAACCCAAAGCAUUUCGAGCGCCAAGAUACUGGUCAAUCACCAGGUCCGGAGGCGGCAGCAGCUGUCGGUGGCACUGAAGGCCUGGGAGCUUCUGGCGCAAAACCUCGCGCAAGAGGCCAUGGGAGUCCUUGGCAAGGACGCUGAGCUCACUGAUGCGCUCAGCCUCACAUUGCGCGCCGAGGCGCUGCUGCGUCAGAAUCGCCUGGAGGAGGCAGCAGAAGACUGCGCCCAGGCGCUGGGCAUUUUCCCGAGCUCCUUGACCAGGCUGGUGCAGGCUGAGGUGAGCUUGAGGCUUGGCUACCUCGCGGACUGCGUGGAGGAGUGCAACCGAGUCCUGGAGCUUGAGCCCCAGCCAGCUGCCUUUGCGCUCCGAGCAGAGGCUCGUUUGCAUCUCGGCCAGCUGGAGGAGGCGGUCCUCGACUGCGAUUGGGCCCUGGCACAGGGCCACCGAUCCGCGGCGGUCUUUGCGGUUCGAGGCAACGCGAGCCGCAAGAUGGGGAGCCUCAGGGAGGCCAUCCGGGACGCCGACGAGGCCUUGCGGGAAAGCCCCAGCUUUGCAGAAGCCCUGGUGCUGCGGGGCCAGGCGCUGCUGGAGCAACGGGACGCCUGCGCUGCCAUGACGGAUCUCACAAAGGCUAUUGAGAUGGUGGCGCCGCGGGAAGUCCAUGCAGCUGCCCUGGCCUCCCGAGCCGAUGCGCUGGCCCGGCGCACCCAGACCGACCAGUCGAGCCCUGUUUUCAAGGUUGCCUUGCGGCGCUACGACGAGGAGCGAGAUCCGAAGGGGCGUAGCCUAGCAAACUCGAGAGCCACAGCAGAGAUCCUGUUCUUCGGGCUUCAUCGCAGGUCUUGGACGCCCUUGGAUUCGCCAUCCGCCCAAAAGAGUUGA